CGCUCCCCCCCCUCCCCGCCCCACACACGCUGCUCUUUCCCUCCCUCCAUCACCUCCUCCCUCCCCCCCUUUUUGGUUUCCGGCGCUCCCGCCUUCUUUCCGCCGCAGUCGGUUCUGAGCCUGAGGGGGGAGGGAGGGAGGGAGGGGGGCGUGGAGGAAUCGCGAGUUCUGGGGGAGCACGAGCGGCAGCACCACUUCCGGAAAGUUGAGGAGCCCUGGAAAAGAGACGGCAUAAGACGACAGGAGGAAGAGAGAGAGAGGGUAGAAUGGAAGAAUCUCACUUCAAUUCUAACCCGUACUUCUGGCCUUCCAUCCCCACGGUCUCAGGACAGAUUGAGAACACCAUGUUCAUCAACAAGAUGAAGGACCAGCUGUUGCCGGAGAAGGGCUGCGGGCUGGCUCCCCCGCACUAUCCCACCCUGCUGACAGUGCCUGCCUCGGUGUCCUUGCCCUCGGGCAUCAGCAUGGACACAGAGUCCAAGUCAGAGCAGCUGGCCCCACAUAGCCAGGCGUCCGUUACCCAGAAUAUCACAGUGGUGCCCGUGCCGUCUACGGGGCUCAUGACUGCUGGAGUCUCCUGCUCUCAGAGGUGGAGAAGAGAAGGGAGUCAAUCAAGGGGUCCGGGUUUGGUAAUCACGUCCCCCUCAGGCUCUCUUGUGACCACAGCCUCGUCAGCUCAGACCUUCCCUAUCUCGGCUCCCAUGAUUGUGUCAGCUCUUCCCCCUGGCUCACAAGCCCUGCAGGUGGUCCCUGAUCUUGCCAAGAAGGUAGCCUCCACCCUCACCGAGGAAGGAGGGGGAGGUGGAGGGGGAGGCGGCACUGUGGCUCCCAAGCCCCCCCGGGGCCGGAAGAAGAAGCGGAUGCUGGAGUCGGGACUGCCCGAGAUGAACGACCCUUACGUCCUCUCCCCCGAGGAUGAUGACGACCAUCAGAAAGACGGCAAGACCUACAGGAGCGAAGGGAACUGCGGCACAGGAAAUGGACAGAGCCUUGGGCUCAUGGAUUCAGUUCCUGGCUCCACCACGAGCUUGCUGUGUGACCCUGGGUGCCGGAUGUGCUCCCUGACGUUCUACUCAAAGUCGGAGAUGCAGAUCCACUCCAAGUCACACACCGAGACCAAGCCCCACAAGUGCCCACAUUGUUCCAAGACCUUCGCCAACAGCUCCUACCUGGCCCAGCAUAUUCGUAUACACUCAGGGGCUAAACCCUACAGUUGUAACUUCUGUGAGAAAUCCUUCCGCCAGCUCUCUCACCUUCAGCAGCACACCCGGAUCCACUCCAAGAUGCACACGGAGACCAUCAAGCCCCACAAGUGCCCGCACUGCUCCAAGACCUUCGCCAACACCUCCUACCUGGCCCAGCACCUCCGUAUCCACUCGGGGGCCAAGCCCUACAACUGUUCCUACUGCCAGAAGGCCUUCCGCCAGCUCUCCCACCUCCAGCAGCACACACGAAUCCACACCGGUGAUAGACCGUACAAAUGUGCACACCCAGGCUGUGAGAAAGCCUUCACCCAACUCUCCAACCUGCAGUCCCACAGGCGGCAACACAACAAAGAUAAACCUUUCAAGUGCCACAACUGUCACCGGGCGUACACGGACGCAGCCUCGCUGGAGGUGCACCUGUCUACGCACACGGUGAAGCACGCCAAGGUCUACACCUGCACCAUCUGUAGUCGGGCCUACACAUCAGAAACAUACCUUAUGAAACAUAUGCGCAAACACAACCCUCCUGAUCUCCAGCAGCAAGUGCAAGCAGCGGCAGCAGCAGCAGCAGUGGCCCAGGCCCAGGCCCAGGCUCAGGCCCAGGCCCAGGCUCAGGCUCAGGCCCAGGCUCAGGCUCAGGCCCAGGCUCAGGCCCAGGCUCAGGCCUCCCAGGCUUCGCAGCAACAGCAGCAGCAGCAGCAGCCACAACCACCACACUUUCAGUCCCCUGGGGCAGCCCCCCAGAGUGCGGGUGGUGGGGACAGCAACCCUAACCCUCCGCCCCAGUGCUCCUUUGACCUCACCCCCUAUAAGACGGCGGAGCAUCAUAAGGACAUCUGCCUCACGGUCACCACCAGCACCAUCCAGGUGGAGCACCUGGCCAGCUCUUAGAGAUCCGUGCUUCCGCCCGCUGGGAGAGCAAGAAGGAGUUCUGGGCCCUUCCUUCUGACUCCUCCCAGUGGGGAAAAUCCUCCUCUUCUUGACAAGCCUUGGUCCUCCCCUUGGGCCUCAGGUCCGGCUUUCCAUCACUGAGACGCCAUCCUUACUCUGAGCUCCUCUUCAGAAGGAACGUCAGCCUUCCUGACUGGCCAAGGACUCUGAGCUGACAGUGAACCCAGCAGCCUCCCCUCCCAAGCAAAGCUUCUAAACUGGGGGUUGGUGCUCACGGGAAGGAUCUGCUAUGACCUCAAAGAAACUGGCCCGUCACGGGACAUGCCCCCUCACCCUCCGAAUGUGGGCCGAUGUAGACCAGAGGCCGGCCCUCCCUGCUGACAGACCAGGGGGCCCUAACUGCAGCAACUGCAGCCAGCCUCCUGUUCUACUCUUCCGGCAAAGAGAACAGACGCUUCUCACAGGCCCUACUCCCUCAGAGCCAUCCUUUGCCCUCCGUGACCUCACUGCACUUCCUGCCUACCGCUGGUAGGAGAUGGGGCCAGGUGUGGCGGGGGGAUUAGACCACCUCUUUGUAAGGGGGCAAGGGCUGGUCAAGGGUUGGCUUACAGCAGUGUGGGUUUGGAGUGUCCUUUGGAGCCUCUCCCCUUCUCUGCCAGCCAAGGCCCUGUACGCUCAGUUUUCCCAUCCUUGGCCCCCAGGGAACUGUGGGAGGUUUGUGUUCUCAGACUCCAGAGGUGUUACAGAGAAGGGGAGAGCCAGGGCAAGCAAGGACUGGACUUAGCCCCCUAGGUGCCACGGUCAGAUGCUGGACACGGAUUUAUAUAUAAAUAUAUAUAUAAAUAUAUAUAUAUACCCACUCAUCACGGCCAUCUUUGUUGUAACCAUUUCUGUGUUUAUAAAUGCAUUAUCUCUGAGAAUUUUCA